GUGACAACAAAUGAGCACGGGAAACGGGAGUGAGGUUAUGUCUAUGUGAUUUUUCAGGUGGCGAGAAGUUAAUGAAAAUAAAAAUAUUGAUUGUGUAAAAUUUUCUUAUUGUUGUUAGAUUAAUCUACUUUGGAAAUAUCGUGUUGUUCAGAGAAAAUAAUGCAUCGUACAAGGAGAUCUGUGAAAACAGCACCAAUAAUUGAGGACAGUAGUGAAAGUGAAGAUGAAGUUCCCGUCAAAAAACCUCGUGGAACUCCUAAAAUUAGAGGCAAAAAUAAAAAUAAAUCCACAAAUCAUAGUUCUUCCUCCAGUGAGAGUGAUAUUGAAAACUAUUUGCAACCUAUUGAUAAACUUGAUUUUUCAUCUUCAUUCUUCAACACUGAAAAUAAAAAUGAAACAGAAUUCAAAAAUAUUGAAAAAGGCAUAUUUGCUGGUGUCACCAGGCUUAGUGAGUCUUCUGAUUCUGAUGAAUUAGAAGAUGUAAAUGAGACAACAAAAGCUUCAUUAUCAGUGGCAACCUCAGAUGAAACGGAAGCACAACCAAGUACUUUCACAACAGAUGUGAACUUCCAACAAUUGGAAGAUUAUACUCGUAAAAUUGAGGAAGCCAAGAAACAAGUAGAAAAAUAUAAUGCAAAGAAAACAACUGAAAAUAGUUUAGAUAUAGGGCACCUACUAGCUGCAGGUGAAUCAAAACAAGUAACUCUUGAAAACAUAAAAGAGGAAGACUUACAUUCUAGCGAUUUUGAGUCUACAGACGAUGAAUGGGAGGAAGUUAAAGUCAAAGAACAAACUGAAACUAAAGAAAAAGCAGCAGUACCAAAGGAUGGCAUACAAAUUACCGUUGGAGAAAUGCCAGAUCAUUGCAAAAAGAAAAAAGGUGUUGAUCUCCUUGCUGCGAUGAAACGCCGUCUAAAUCGAAUAAGAAAAGAGAAUCAAGUGUUUGUCCAUAAAGUACAUCUUCUAUGUUGGAUCGCACAUGGAAAUUAUGUUAAUAGCAUUUUGAAUAAUACUGAACUUCUUGGUUUAGGGCUCUCCUUAUUGCCGUCUGACAAAUGUUACCCAUCAGACAGAACAGACCUUGGCUAUUUGGAACAGAUUGUCCAGUGGUACAAGAAAACUGUUAUACUGAAUGAAAAAACUGCUCCAAAGGAGUUGGAGUUAGUAAACCUGAUAAAAUUUCAGAUCAAUAAAAAACAAGUUUUAAAUAAGAAAAUGUACGUAUUAAUUUUUGUUAUAAUACUCAGAGCACUAGGAAUUCAAUGUAGAUUGGUAAUGUCUCUCCAAGUAGAGCCCUUACGUCCCCCUGCUAGUGACCUUCACACUUUGUCCAAAGAAAGUGAUGAAAAAAAUCCAAAAGGAAAAAAGUCAACAGAACCCAUAAUGGAGAAGAAAUCAAGUAACAAGAAAUCAGAAGUUCAGAAUAAUAAAAUGGGAAAUAGGUUGAAGAAAGAGGAUGUUAAGAAACAUACAAUCUCAAAAUCACAGGAUCAACAUGUUCCAGGCACUAGCAAAGUGAUUAAUAGAAAUCUCAAUAAAAAUAAAGAUUCAAAUACGAAAAAAACUGAGAAACCGAUUGAGAAAGACAAAGAAAGUUCUUCAAAUAAGAAAACAGAAAAGCAAAGUAAAAAAACUACAAGAAAUUAUUCAAAAGUUACAGGAUCUGUAGGUCCAAUGCCUACAGAAACUGCCCGAUCCACUCGUUCAUCUAAAACGGUUUCUGAUAUACCUAAAAACAAAGGAGAAGUCAAAAAAGAUAUCAAAAACAAUUUAACUGUAACCGAUGAGAAGAAGCCUCGUAUCAAGAGUAAUUCUGAAGCUCCAUCUAAGAAGAAUGCUGGCAAAAAAACAAGAUCACUAUCCGGUAGUGAUGUUGGUAAUCCAAAAAAAUCAGCACAAAGAAGAGUAAGAAAAAAGGAUGAGGUGCCUCAGUUGGAUGGGAUGAAUGACUCCAAUGAUGAUUUUUCUGAUGUAUUCAAUAUACUUCAACUAGAUGGAGCAAAUGAUAAAGAAACAAAGAAGAGAACAUCUCAAAAACCUAAUUUACAAAAACUUAAAGUGGUAGUUGAAAAACUACAACCAAAUCGAAAAAAAGUAAGAGCUGAAUCCGAUUCUGAAAGUGAAUUUUCACCAAGUCCACCUAAGAAGCUCAAGAAAAAUGCACCAAAUUUGUCGAAACUUAAAUCACCAGUAGGCAUAACAAAACAAUUGGAUGUACGAAAUGAUAUUAUUAACCUAAUUAAAGGUCGCAUAGCUGAACAAAAACAUGUUGAUCGUAGUAAGUUAGCCCGCAAGUCUAUAAAAAAAUCGAAAAUCCCAAUCCAAGAUAGUGAUUCCGAUAGUGACUAUAUGAUAGAUCCCAUUGAGAAGAAGCAUCAUGAUAGUGAUAGCGAUAUAGAUUAUUUUGUUCCCAAACCUAAAGUCAAGAGGAGGAUUGACUUGAAAAAAGAUGGAACAAAAAUAAUCUCUAGCGACAGUGAUUUAGAUGCUGCUGGCAAGAAGAAAAAGAAAGGCUUUAAUUUUUGGGUUGAAGUAUAUUUGGAAUCUGAGGAAAAAUGGAUAUCGGCAGAUGUCACAAGAGGACAAGUAUACUGCAUCAAUGAAAUAUUCUCAAGAGCUACACAUCCAGUGUCCUACAUAUUGGCAUGGAAUAAUGACAAUACCCUAAAAGACGUUACUAGAAGGUAUAAGAACCAUCCUUUAUAUGCACUCAGAAGACAUUUACUCAAGUUUGAAGAUAUUUACCCAGCCGAUAUCGCACCAAUUGGGUUUGUAAGGAAAGAAGCAGUUUAUCCAAGAAACUGUGUUUAUGUGUGCAAGUCCAGGGAUAUUUGGCUGAAAGAUGCCAGAGUUGUGAAACCUGGAGAAAAACCAUAUAAAAUCGUCAAAGCCAGACCAAAAUAUGAUAAACUAUCCAACAAAAUGAUAACAGAUCAACUGUUGGAAAUAUUUGGUCCAUGGCAAACUAUGGAGUAUGAACCACCUACUGCACAAAAUGGCGUUGUUCCUAGGAAUGCUUUUGGCAAUGUUGAAUUGUUCAAACCAUGCAUGCUUCCUAAAGGAACUGUUCACCUAAAAUUGGCUGGUCUUAACAAGGUUUGUAGAAAACUGAAUAUAGACUGUGCAAGUGCUAUUGUUGGAUUUGAUUUCCAUGGUGGAUGGAGUCAUCCUACCUAUGAUGGGUUCGUCGUUUGUGAGGAAUUCACUGAUCAAGUAAUUGCAGCAUGGGAACUGGAACAAGAUGAGAUUGAGAAGAAAGAGAAUGAAAAAAUUGAGAAGAGAGUAUAUGGUAAUUGGAGAAAACUCAUAAAAGGGUUAUUCAUCCGUGAGAGACUCAAGGCAAAAUAUGAUUUUGGUGGCGAAAGUUCCAGUGUUCCAAAAGACAAGAAAAAAACAAAGAAACCAAGGAUUCAGAGUGACAUGCGAUACAUCAGGACGUCUCCUUGCCUAAAGACUUUUUGGGAAAAGGAUGACAAAGGAGGAUACAAAGAUAAUCGACAAUACCCUUCUUUGAAGGAACGAAUGAGAGGUGGAAUUAAAGAACUGAAACAUGAAAUUGCUUUGUGGAAAGAAGAGAUGAAAGAAAGACUGGAAUCUGACCCCCUCUUGAUUUUCAGACCUGGAGAGGUUGAUGUUCAGUGGCAGUUCAAUGAUACAGAAUCUUUGAAGAAAUGGAUUGUUACGGCAGAUAGUGAUAACAAUGAGGGGCAUAGUAAUUGUUCGUUGACGUUAACAAGUGGAGGAAAAGGGAUAUUUUCUGGAGAAUUAUCUACAAGAGCUCCUAAGGAUGGCCGAGUGAAAAGGUCUGGCUAUUGUAAUAUUAAAACUACAAGAGCAAGAAAAUCUUUCAGAAGGGAUGCCCAUUUAGAUUGGACAAGUUAUAAUAUGUUGGUUAUGAGAGUUAGGGGCGAUGGAAGGUCAUAUUUAUUAAAUAUACAUACAAGAGGUUACUAUGAUAUAACUUGGAAUGAUAUGUACCACUAUGUGCUCUUUACAAGAGGAGGGCCAUACUGGCAAGUAGCAAGGAUUCCAUUUUCUAAAUUUUAUUUUGCAUCCAAAGGACGUAUUCAAGAUAGACAGGAAUCAAUCCCUUUGAAUAAAAUAACUAGUUUUGGUAUAACUGCUGGAGAGAGACAUGGGGGUGAAUUUUCAUUAGAAAUUGAUUAUAUUGGAUUAGAGUUUGAUCCUAACCACAGGGAGGACUUUGCCUAUGAAAUGUAUAAAACUUCUAAAUAUAUUGUUGCUACAUAAGAAAAAAUAUAUCAGUUGAAUUUUAAAUUAGAA